AUGAUGAGUGUACAAAACUUAAAUUUGAACUAUAGUACCUUCAUAUAAUUUAUAAUAAAAUUCAUCUUGAAAUAUUUGAUUAAAAAAGAAAAAGAAUUGUAAAUUAACAAGUAAUUCUAAAUUGAUUAAAAUCUGUAAACUUAAGAAAGUGAUUACACCAAAACAUUAAAUAUAGAAAUAUCUAAUUUUUCCUCUUAGACUUGCUAGAUUAUUGAUUAUCCUAAAUAAAUAAUAGAAUAAAAAAAAUACUAUUUAAUAAAAAAUCAAUAAAUUAAAAUUUUGAAAUGCGAUGCAUGA